UUUAUACAUGAAUGAAAGAAACUAUCAUAUCAAACAUCGUCCCUUAAACAGAUUUCCCCGGAUUGACAAAACCCUAAUAAAAGCACCGCAAACAGGAAGAAAGAAAGAAAAGGAAAACCAGUCUUUCUUUCUUUCCCGUCGAUAAUGGCGUCGUCGGAGAAAAGAUGCCUCUACGAGGUCCUAGGCGUGAACCGUGACUGCACCCCCGACGAGAUCCGGUCCGCCUACAGGCGGCUCGCUCUGCAACGCCACCCUGACAAGCUAGUUAAAUCCGGCGUGUCGGAAUCCGAAGCCACAGCUGCCUUUCAGGAGCUGGUGAACGCCUACGAAGUCCUGUCUGACGCGCGGGAGCGCGCUUGGUACGACUCGCACCGCUCUCAGAUACUCUUCUCGUCCAAUUCCGGUCCAACGAAUUCGUCUAAUUCCGGUUCUGUCCCCGACUUAUUCUCCUUCUUUUCCAAUUCAGUUUAUUCUGGUUACUCUGAUAAAGGCAAGGGCUUUUACAAGGUCUAUGGUGAUCUCUUCGAGAAAAUCUACCAAAACGAUUUGAAUUUCGCGAGGACGUUAGGUGUAGGUUUGCCCAAGGAAGCUCCUCUCAUGGGAAAUUUGGACAGUCCUUAUGCUCAGGUGACAGCAUUCUAUAACUAUUGGUUAGGGUUUGUUACUGUGAUGGACUUUUGUUGGGUAGAUCAGUAUGACGUGAUGGCGGGUCCCAAUAGAAAGUCAAGGAGGGUGAUGGAGGAGGAGAACAAGAAGCUGAGGAAAAAGGCACGAAGGGAAUACAACGAGACUGUUAGAGGAUUGGCGGAGUUUGUUAAAAAGAGAGAUAAGAGGGUGAUUGACAUGCAGAUGAAGCGGAAUGAGGAAAUGGAGAGGAAGAGGGAAAAGGAACGGGAGAGAAAGAAGGAGUUAGAGAGAGAGAAGGCUGAGAAAGCAAAGAAAUAUGUGGAACCUGAUUGGGCGAAGGCGGAGGAGUUGGAAAAUGAAGAAAUUGAGGAGGAUUGGGAUGAGGAUGGGAAAAAGAAGGCAGAUGAGAAUGAAUUGUACUGUGUGGUGUGUUCGAAGAAGUUCAAGAGCGAGAAACAGUGGAAAAAUCACGAGCAGUCCAAGAAGCAUAAGGAGAAGGUGGCAGCUUUGAGAGAAGCUUUUGAUGAUGAAGAUGAUGAAUACGAAGGGUUAGUGGAGGAUGGGGUAAGUGAGGAGCAAAAAGUAGCUGAUGGUGAUAUAACAGCUGAUUUAUCUGCGGAUGAUGGGGUGGAUGAGUUAGCAGAGCAAUUUGAAGGUAGUACGCGAAUUCAAGAAGAUGAAUGUGAGGAUGAUGAGGUUCAAAGCAGCAACGAAGAUGAGACCACAUCAAAAGGAUUAGAUGAUGGGUUUAAUUAUCGAAGUGGCAGUGAUUCAAAGGAGCAAUUUGAAGGUAGUACGCGAAUUCAAGAAGAUGAAUGUGAGGAUGAUGAGGUUCAAAGCAGCAACGAAGAUGAGACCACAUCAAAAGGAUUAGAUGAUGGGUUUAAUUAUCGAAGUGGCAGUGAUUCAAAGGGAGUAGUUGAUGAACCUGGAUUAGAUGAUGAUGAAGCAAGUCUACUUGAAGCUAUGGUAUCUGGCCGCAAAAGUAGGAAGAAUGCAGGUCCAGGUGGCAGUCGUCAAGCUUCAGCAAAGAAUGUUCAGGCUGAAAGCAGUAACAAUGAAAUGGACUUCAUGGAAUAUAAUAAUCUUAGAAGUACUAGGAGAAAUAAGGGUGGCCGGAGACAAAGAAACAGGAGACCACAGGAAGAAGAAGACGAUGAAGGUGGAGGAGGAGAUGUUACAUCUUGUGCGACUAAAGUUGGUAUUGACACUGAGUUAGAUAGUGCAUACAAUGAUAACUCAGCUUUCCAGGGCCUGUCAUCAGACUCUCCACCAGAAACUGCUAAUGAUCGCAAAGAAAGUGACCUUUCGCGAAAUAGUGAAAAAGUUUCAAGCCAAGGUAUGGACAAGAAAACUACCGUUAGGAAGGAGAAGAAUACCAAAUCAAAAGAUGCAACCAAAGGAAGGAAACAGAAGGGAACAUCAAAAUUUUCUGGCAACUCGUGCGAGACAUGUGGGGAGGAAUUUGAUACAAGGAAUCAAUUACAUAAGCAUCUAGGAGCGACGGGGCAUGCCAAACUAAAGUCUCGGUGAUAUUAGAGAAUCUCAUUGUCUACAAUUCAAGCUGAUUGCUGGGAGUUUGGAGGCUCAUUAUUUGUUCGCUAUUCUUAUUCUUUGUGGGUUACAGAUUAUUGUCUACGAUUUAAAUCAUUUAUACCAUAGUCAAUUCGAAAUGAGCUAAAAAAUCAAAGUUCUUUGAUAAUAGAUGAAUACACGAUGGUCGAUGCAGAUGGAAGACGGUUUCUUAAUCUGUGUAUCUAAAAACAAUGAAGCCACUCAAGUUUUGCUGUAAUACCGAAGCUAACACUUUGGUUGAAUAUAUUUUUUUCCACGUUGAUGAAAGAAUGACA